AUGGCGACGGAGGAUGAGCGCUACAGGCAGUCGAGCCAAUAUCGGCUCUGGUCAUUCACGCCGGCGAACUUACAAGAACUACGCGCAAAAACAAACUCCCUCGCUCGAGAACAGAUUGCUCCUCGACUUGCGACAGACCCUCCGCCCGAUUUCCUCACCCCCGAUGAAGAGAUACGCCUCGUCAAGUUCUUCACCGUCGAGCUUAUUCGCGCGGCUACAUUCUGCGAGCUUCCCACCGAGAUUCGAGCGACGGCCGCUAUCUUUCUGCGACGGUUCUACGUGACCAACUCGGUCAUGACCUACCCUGCGACCGAACUCCUCAAAACAUCACUCUUCUUUGGAUGCAAGGCUGAAGGUUUCUUCUACAAGCUCAAUGCCUUUUCAGAUAAAUUCCCAAAGACAACGGGCGAGCAGAUCCUGGCGGGAGAGUUUCUUCUGUGCCAGGGAAUCCGCUUUGCUUUUGAUGUGCGACAUCCGUUCAGAGCGCUCGAGGGUGCCAUUCUGGAAUUGAGAAGAAGGCUACCGGACGAAGAGACGCGAAUCAAUAAGGCGCAUGCCCGCGCGCGUGACAUUCUCAAGUUCAGUCCUUUGCUGACAGACGCAUAUUUCCAUUAUGCACCGAGUCAAAUCAUGAUGGCGGCGCUUUCCAUGGUAGAUCAUGGACUGCUCGACACAUUGAUCCCGACAUCUGGUCAAGGUGGCAAUGCUAGCCAGGAAUCAGCAUUUGCAAACAUGCGAGACAAGAUUCUAGGAGCUGUAGACGGCUGCCGCAAGAUGCUUGAGGAGGAACCUCCCGAGAGAAUGACCGAGUAUUGGGGAACGCCCGAAAUCGUCAAAGCGAUGAAACCACUUCGAAAGAAACUGCAGAAAUGUCGUGAUCCCGAUCGAGCGGACCUAGUCAAUCUUCAACGAGCGAGACGAGAACAGGUUAUGAACAAAGAAAAGAAGGCGGCAGCCAACGAGGACGGCACAGUAUUUGGGGAUGAUCUCCGAGAGACAAAGAGAGUGAAACUGGAAAACGCCGAUCCAUUUGGACCUCCUCUCUGA